CACCGACCGGAAGUGUGUGUUCGCUCACUGCUCCGUUAGAUACGUUGUCUUUUGCCCGGUUUUAACCAAAAAAUAUUAGUAAAAUAACAUAGCAUUUCGCAUAUUUUGACCUCAUGAAACCCACCGGAGGAAGAGAUACAUCAGCAUAGAGAGAAAGAAACGAGAAGGUCCAUAUCCCACAGUUCCGGUCACUGAAUUAUCUCCCAGGAUUACCGACAACGUUUUCCUCUCCUCAAGGUGUUCAAGCUUCACGUCCAUUGAAGACAUACAAAUUAAUCAUGUGCAUGUGACUAUUUUUCAUUUUGAAAAAAUGUCUUUAAAACGUGAUUUGAGAUCCCUUGGUUUUGAUCCGUCUCACAAAAAUUGUUUAGCCGGAGAGGAAUUAACCAAGGUGUAUUUGAAGCAGCGCAGAUCAGUCCUGGAGAAAGCACUGCAUGAAGAAUCACCUUUUCCACGUCUUGAAGAAAUGUCAAAACCAGAGGCAUAUGUCGUGGAGAAUAACGACAAGCUUACCAUACAGUGUCAUUUUUGUGGCAACCACAUGGCCAUGGCAACACUUCCUCCUCCUUUCCAACUCGUCUUGCCUAGUGAAGGAAGAGAAGCAAAGUCAGUGGAGAGCAGAGAUGCCGCUGUCCAAGUGGAUCUGCCGCCUACAACGAUGCUAAUGUUAAAGACCAGUAACGAGGAACACGACUCGGCCGGCCGCAGUCCUCAUGGGAACACCACAACCGGGCGCACCACGGCCGGAACCGCCACGGCGUGGUACGCCACUGUCGGGGGCCCCGCGGCUGGGUACCCCAUGGCCGGGUGCCCGCCAGCCUUUCUGAUGGACCCCAGCCCAUCUUCCAACUCAUCUCUGUCCCCACCUGGAUGGAACACCUCUGCUGGGACCACUGUUGGGAGAGGUGUGUCCCAAUGGAACACGUCGUCGCUAAAUGAAUCGGUGACCAAGCAGCACCAGGAGGCCCAACUGCCCCCAGUCGACCCAGUCCGAUCCACUACUCCCAUCUGCAUCUCCUCCUCUUCCUCCUCGGCCUCCUCCAGCCCCUCCUCAUCGCCCCGCCCCCACUCCUCGUCCACGUUCCUCCCAGUCACUCUUCCCAACCUCUAUACUUCCCUGACGCAAACCAAGAAGGACCUGACGCAAACCAAGAAGGACCUGCCGCGCCUUAAGAGGAUCCUGCCCAAAUCCAGAACUGGCCUGCAAAGCCCCGGGCCCCCAACCCUGAGCCCCCAAUCCUGCACCUCUCUGGGCCUCCGAGCACCUCCCUCUCCCCUGUUUUCCUCCCCCCCUAGGACCAGCAGCUUUGACUUGGAGGAGGGGGUGGACCUCACCCCUCCUGGCCUCAUAGCUCCUCUAAGUCCACGGCUAGCAGAGGAGGAGGAGAACGAGGAGGAGAGCCAAGCGAAAGAGGCUGUCGCGGGAGGGACGAGGGGAGCGCCUCAUGAGUGCUCUGUUUGUCUCAGGGACAUGAAGACCAAGCAGCGGCUGAUGGUCCACUUCAGGGUCCACACGGGAGAGAGGCCCUUCAGGUGUGAGUUAUGCAGCUGUGCCUUCGCACAGGUGGGAAACCUCCAAUGUCACGUGAAAAGCAAGCAUCCGCUGGCGAUCCCAGAACCCAGUGGUGGCCGCAUGCGCCGGAAAUCCUCAAAAAAGGUUGCCAUGGCGGGCGACAGCACUCCCAGCCCCCCCAAGGCAGCAGAGCUAAACGCUUCUGUUGGUUCCCAGGGAGCCAACAAAGCUCUGAGCGAUUCUAGGAACGCUAGCAAUGCUCCUGCUGAAUCCAGGCUAGCGGCCUCUGAAAACCUUGACAUUGACCGCACUGCGGGCAUUGAAUUGACUAACGUGGCUACCAUUGCUAAUGACGUUGUUGGUCGUGAACCCUCCAGUUUCCCAACUGACUUCCCAAGGAGUAGGGACUUCAGUGCUCGGGACGUCCACAACGCCAUGGAGCUCAACCCAGUCAUGGAGGUCGAUGAUGCCAAGGGAAAGGGCCUGGAGGAGGCGGUGGGUCCUGGCUGUCCUCCUGGACUCAUAGCUCCUCUUAGUCCGCAGCUAGCAGAAGAGGAGGUGGUGGGUCCUGGCUGUCCUCCUGGACUCAUAGCUCCUCUUAGUCCGCAGCUAGCAGAAGAGGAGGCGGUGGGUCCUGGCUGUCCUCCUGGACUCAUAGCUCCUCUUAGUCCGCAGCUAGCAGAAGAGGAGGCGGUGGGUCCUGGCUGUCCUCCUGGACUCAUAGCUCCUCUUAGUCCGCAGCUAGCAGAAGAGGAGGGGGUGGGUCCUGGCUGUCCUCCUGGACUCAUAGCUCCUCUUAGUCCACAGCUAGCAGAGGAGGAGUCGGUCGAGGAGGAGGGCCGAGGAAGUAAGGCGAUGGCUGGAGUGACGACUGGACGGCCCUUUGAGUGUUCCGUUUGUCACAUUGACAUGAAGACCGAGCAGCAUCUCCAGAUCCACGAGAAACUCCACACCGGCUACUGGUGUGAGUUAUGCAGGAUUUCCUAUAAAUCGGGGAAAACCCUUCGCUUUCACAUGAAGCGGAAGCAUCCGCUGGCGAUCCCAGAACCCAUUGGUGGCCACGUGCCCUGCAAAUUCUCAAAAAAGGUUGCCAUGGCGGUCGGUAGCGCUCUUAGCCCCCCCAAGGCAGCAGAGGUAAACGCUUCUGUUGGUUCCCAGGGAGUGAACAAAGCUCUGACUGAUUCUAGGAAAGCUAGAGAUGCUCCUGCUGAUUCUAAGCUGGCUGGGAACGACAACAUUCAUAUUGACUGCGCUGCGAUCAUUGGAGAGAUUACCGGGGCUAACAUUGCUAAUGACGUUGUUGGUCAUGAACCCUCCAGUUUUCCAACUGAUAGAGCGUGGAGUAGGGACUUUAGUGCUGGGGACGUCCACAACGCCAUGGAGCUCAAUGUCAUGGAGGUAAACCCUGACGUGGUGGUCAAGCCCAACGUGGAGGUCAACCCCAUCCCAGAGGUCAACCCCAUCCCGGAGGUCAACCCCGACGUGGUGGUCAAGCCCAACGUGGAGGUCAACCCCAUCCCAGAGGUCAACCCCAACGUGGUGGUCAAGCCCAACGUGGAGGUCAACCCCAUCCCAGAGGUCAACCCCAACGUGGAGGUCAACCCCAUCCCAGAGGUCAACCCCAACAUGGAGGUCAACCCCAUCCCAGAGGUCAACCCCACCCCGGAGGUCAACCCCAACAUGGAGGUCAACCCCAACAUGGAGGUCAACCCCACCGUGGAGGACAAUGACGUUGAAGGGGUCAAUGAUGCCAAGGGAAAGGGCCUGGAGGAGGCGGUGGGUCCUGGCUGUCCUCCUGGACUCAUAGCUCCUCUUAGUCCGCAGCUAGCAGAAGAGGAGGCGGUGGGUCCUGGCUGUCCUCCUGGACUCAUAGCUCCUCUUAGUCCGCAGCUAGCAGAAGAGGAGGCGGUGGGUCCUGGCUGUCCUCCUGGACUCAUAGCUCCUCUUAGUCCGCAGCUAGCAGAGGAGGAGGCGGUCGAGGAGGAGGGCCGAGGAAGUAAGGCGAUCGCUGGAGUGAGGACGGGGACGCCCUUUGAGUGUUCUUUUUGUCACAAGGACAUGAAGACCAAUCAGCUUCUCCAGAUCCACUUAAUAGUCCACACGGGGCGCUACAGGUGUCAGUUAUGUGGCAUUGCCUACAUAACGGUGGGAUCCCUUACGAAUCACAUGAGGCUGAAGCAUCCGUCCAUUUCGAGUUUCCCCACGGCAGCAGACGCUUAUGUUGGUUUCCAGGAAGCCAUCAAAUCUCAGACUGAUUCUAAGCAAGCUAGCUCCGGAGAGGCUAAUGUUUCUAACAUUGACAACACUGCUAGCUCCGGAGAGGCUAAUGUUUCUAACAUUGACAGCACUGCUAGCUCCGGAGAGGCUAAUGUUUCUAACAUUGACAGCACCACUAGCUUCGGAGAGGCUAAUGUUUCUAACAUUGACAGCACUCCGAGCUCCGGAGAGGCUAACAUUGCAAACGGUUCUGCCUUUGGUUUCAAGGAAGCUAGCAAAGCUCCUACUUAUUAUAAGCAUGGUGGUUACGACAUUGGCAUUGACAGCGUUGUUGAAGAGGUCAACGGCAUUAUGGAGGUCAACCCGAUCACGGAGGCCAAUGAUAUCAAGGGGGAGUUCAAAGACAUCACAGAGGUCAAUGACGUCUCUGAACUCAAUGUUGUCAGGGAGGCUUCCAAUGAUGUUAAGACGAAGGUCUAUGGUGUCAUGGAGCUCAAUCAUAUGGAGGACACAAACGCUGUGGUUGGCAGUGAUAUCACAGUUCUCACCAGGAGAACCCGGAGAGACCACCGGGAGCAGAGGAAAGACUUCUUCUGUCUUGAGUGUUUAGAGUGUUUCCGCAUGGAGGAAGAUCUCAUGAAACACGAAUACGAGAAGCACCCGCAUGGGGAACAACCCGAAAGCAACGACGACAACAGUAGAAGCCCGGAGCCGUUUGUUCAUCAACUGAGGUGGAGCUCUGAAGAAAACCUCUUGGCCCUUAGCACAGACUCGGAGCCAAUGAACUCUGGCGAAGUCGAGACGAAACAGACAUUGCGGCAAGGUCGAAAGAGGAAAGCUCGUUCCCCCAGACUUUCCGAAAUCCCAGUGGAAAGGGCGACGGGGAAACGUAAAGUAAAAAAGAGAGUGCCAAAGAGUUACACAGGCUCUGGAGCCAGGGGCGGAAUGGAUGCUCCCAAGCCUGCGUUUGGAGAGAUCCAUAUUCAGGGCAGACCCCAGAAGGUUCCGCAACCCGUGGAGAAAUACUUUAAAUGUGUCAGAAUGAGUGCACUGAGCUGGCCCUGCAAAACUGCACUGCAAAACUCAACAGAUACACAAGGAAGACCGACGGAUACAACAGCUGGCCAGACAGAAACACCAGGCAGGCAGACACACACACCAGAAACAUUGGCCAGACGGAUAGACCAACCAGACAGACAGAUGGACACACCAAACAGACAGACAGACACACUGGCCAAACGCACGUGCACAAUGACCGACAACCAAGGCAGACAGACAAUCACACAGCCAGUGAAUGACGGUGACGGUGAAACCAGUAAUGAGUACCCGGUUGGAGUGGAAGCCAGCAGAGAAGAGAGACACACUGGAACAGAGAGACAGGAAACCGGCUAUACGUCUGAAGCCCCAGAAAGAGUCAACUCGCUGGACGGAAAUAUGCCAGGCUUCCUAAAACCCUGCUCCGUCAAGCUCUUCUGUUUGCCACAGCAUACUCUAGAGGCGCAUCGCAUUAAGGGAUUGAAAGGAACUCUAUUUUAGAAGCUUCUUAUCUGCCAAGGUCUUCGUUGCGGUUCCGGGGGCACGCUAAGAAACUGCAAAUUUAUGAAUUCACCUGUGGAUUUCUAAGAAACAUUUCUGAAUUUACCUGCAGGAUAUCUAUGUGAAAUUCAAGUACAUUGACACUUUUUAAUUACUUAUAUACUUUUUAUGUAUUAAUUUUAAUGAAAGUAGACGGUUGUAUCAACUUCCUAUCUCUAUUGUUUCCCUGGGGCCUUGGAGUUCACAGGCCAUUCAUUUUUGACAGUGUUGUUAAAAGUAUUGUUUCAGACAUAGUUUAACAUGAAACAUAGUGUUGUCCUAUAGUUUUUAAUGGCUGACAUUAACUCCCAUUGGACUUACAUGUGGUGCCUUGUUGUAAAAAAAAAAGAAUGUUUGUCUCGCUCUCUCGCAUGGCAAUAAUUCAAAUUUUAUUGACAACGAAACUCGGAAUAAAAAGUUUAUUGAAAUAUACCGUUUAUUGUAAUAAACUAACAUUUGUCAAUGUUAGUCAACUUAAAACUCUUCUAAAUCUCUUCAGGACCACCUACAACAUUUGACAAAUCGUCCUCCGCCAUAUUCCACUCUCUCCUGCUCUCUUAAUGUGUUGGCUAUUGUUGUGGUGGUGUUUAUUUUUUUUUACCUUUUGUUUGAUUGUCUAUACUGUCUGUAUGUAUUCCUAUCUUAUUUGUAUAGCGUCUUUGAGUACUUAGAAAAGCGCUAUAAAAAUACGGAUCAAUUAUUAUUAUUUGUAUAAUAUAGAAGUAGUAGUCUCAGAGAGACCACUCAAUAUGACAAGAGCACAAAGGUUGAAGAACUAUGUUCACACUCCUGUGUUGAAGCAGAGAAACGUCCUUGAGGGCACAGCUGCAGAUAGGGAUGCCACCGCUACUACUGCUACUAUGGCAGAAGGGGAGCAUUCAGUUCUUCGGCAAGAAAAGUAAGCAAGGGUCAAAUUGUGAUGGCUAGACGACCGUGUCAGAGCAUCUCCAAAAGGAAGGUCAUGCUGUCCUAUGUCCAACGCCAAAACCAUAGUGAGGCACGUGAGAUUCAGAACUGGACCAUGGAGUAAUGGUAAAAAGUUACCUGGGGUCUCAUUUAUAACCGUUGCGUACGCACAAAACGGGGCUGAAAUUAAUUCUAGUCAACUGCGUUAUUUCUCAGUUAUAACUCCAGAAACAUCCACUUAGAAUAGAAAAUAAAUAAAUAUUUUAAUCCCGUCACUCCAUACUGUCCACUGACGGCGCCACUGCAUGGAAUAAAGCAUCUGUCCAACAUGUGUCAAUAACAUAUUUCUAUGUGACACUGUAAACCCAUAAUCAAAUGUCAAUUAAAUCCCAAGUGUGGAAAACCAAGCCACACUCAUCACAAUCGUUGUCCGUUACUCUUGAUGCUUUUCAUGACAAAUCAGGCAUUAAAAAGGGGUUAUGUUCAAGAACAUUUUACGUGGGUGAUUACAAACGGAUUAUCCAAGGUGUUCUCGGUCAGUCUUAUUACCGUAACCCUAUAAAUACAGAGGUGAGCGCCGUGGUAAUGCUGCACCAUAUGGCACUUCUGGCGGACCAUGCAUAGGGCAGGAUUCGGAGGGAGAGGGUCUUUAGGGACCAUAACGAUUUAUUGGUAUGCUACAUAAAAAUAUGUAACUUUAUGUCAGACCACUUCUUUUUUAAUUCUGGGACUGUGCGCUCCGUGCUACUGACAGAGUUCACUGCUGCAGCAACAUGUUGCCACUCACUCUGCUUUUUGUUGUUGGCGAACACAAUUAGGAACACACAGCUUGCAUCCAGCUUGCAUCCAGUUGCAAGCUUAGACUUCAUGCCUCAGUUGAAAGUUAAACCAGUAAUGCCUGAGGUUGGAGCAUCUAGGUCAGAGACCAGUGUCCUAGAUGUGCCCAUGGUUCCCAGUGCUGCUGUUGCAUCUGAGUCAGGAUAUCUGAACAAAAUAUUCAAGAAAAUGCCAGAGGGUGUAGCUGAACUACACAAACAAGAAUUAACAUCUCAGAAUAUGACUUUUAAAAAAUACUUUUACGUUUGUGGUAAGCCACAGAGUAAAAUCUCCGGUCACUUGAAAAGGCACAGGACACAUGCUUGAGUAGUUCAUGUGUUUACCCUUCCUGAUAAAUCUAAAGAGCGGAAGAUUUUAUUCGAAAAAAAUAGGAACAAGUUAAAUUUUAAACAUCAUACUGAUGAAGGAUAACGCAAUGAUAGGAAUGUUUAUUCACUGUAUGUACUGUCAAGGUAUGUGCAUUCGCAAGGAGUUCUGGAGGCAUGUCCGCAGAUUCCCCUGUAAACCCGAAUAUUUGGAUAAGGAACCUGGGAGAACCAAAGUACUGGGUCUGGCUGCAGCUCCAGGCGUGAGGAGAAAUGGAGGCUGAUGAGUUCUUUGAGGUAACGGGGGGGAGUGCCUUGGAGGCACUGGUGGGACAGAAGGGAGAUCUUGAAUUCGAUCCUGUACUGGACAGGAAGCCAGUGGAGGGACUUGAGGAUGGGUGUGAUGUGGUGGUACUUCCGCAUCCACAUCAGGAUCCUGGCAGCACAAUUCUGGAUGUACUGCAGCCGCUGGAUGUUCUUGCUGGGGAUCCUGAUGAGGAGUGCUUUGCAGUAGUGCAGCCUGGAGGAGAGAAAGGUGAGGACAAGUUUUUUGGAAUCGGGGAGACUGAGUAUGGGGCGGAGUUUUGCAAUGUUCCUCACGUAGAAGAAGGAGGUUUUGCAAAGAUGUUGAAUGUGGGCCUGGAACGGUAAAUAAGCCACAUGUUCUAAUUUACCCAGGUAAACCUUUGGUCUGUCUUGGAUUAAGCGGAAAUGGCAAAGUGGCCAUGUUUGCAGUCUUUUACUUAUCUACAAAAUCAUUAAAACCUUAUUUGAUGUUGUCCAUUAUGUGGUGAAGAAACCAGUCAUAACUGUUAGCUAGAAACAUGUCAUCAGAAAUAGCAUAGACUAAAAUAAUUUACAUAAUCGAUUAUACAGUUUGCCCAGUACAGUUUGCCCAGUCACUGCAAAGUAUGACUACCUUUUUCAGAAGCUCUGUGAAGUGGGGCGUUUGUUGUUGUGUCUGUGCACAGAAUUCUCAAAACAUAACAUGGAGGGGGCUGUUAAACCUGCUAACUUCCAGAGAGUUGUGCGAGCAGUAAAGAAAGUGUUGAGGUUUGAUGAAGAGAUCACUCAUUCCUAAUGCAUCAGUCUGUCAUGGUCUGCUCCUGAUUUUUCCGUUCACCUGCCUGCCACGCUGAUCUCACCUCA